AUGGCAGAGUGUCUUCCCUCUUUAUCGGAUCUGAGGGCAGAACGUACCCUCGCAGAAAUCAACCAGGAGCUUCAGUUGCAGCUGGAAAAGUACAAGCAGGACUUCAGAGACCUCACAGAGAAAUUCCUCAUAUCCCAAGCGACUGCUUACUCCCUGGCCAACCAUCUGCAGAAAUACAAGUGUGACGCAUGUAAGGACAUCGUUGAAUCCGUGCUGGGGGAGAAGCUGCCGGGUGAGGCGCGGAGGCCAGCAGAGAAGCUGGCAGAGAAGCCAACGCUUGACGAAAGGUUGAGAACAUGUGACAUCCUAAUUCGAAGUCAGGCACGAGAGCUGACCCAGCUACGGCAGACACUACAGAACGGGAAAGAUGACUCUGCCCUGCUCAAGCAGCACCUCAAGGACCUCCUCACCCACAGUGACCUGGACAAGCACCAGAGACAGGGCUUCCGAGAGAGCCUGUCUGAGGGAUACCGCUUGGCAGAGCGCCUUGCCUGCAAGCUCAGCCCAGAAAUCGAUGAAGAUGAAGAUGACGAACAAGCACAAGAAACACCAACCCCCAGCAUGGAGCUGCAGGAGGUUGAAAAGAAGGAAGUGCAUGAAGAAUCCAAGGAUGAAUGUGUUUUGAUGCCUUCAAUUCUCCAAGGAAUUCCUGAUAAGCACCAGCCUUACAGGGAUGACAAAUUUAACUCUAAUGAACUGGAAGUAGACGUUGAUCUGGAUGGACCAUGUGGUUGCUGUCAUGCUAAAGAAGAUGAAAUUCCAACCAAUAUCUCAGAGAAUGAAAAUGAUCGCAAGCAAGUGAGUGGACAAGAGCUCACAUUUCCCAGUGUGAACGUGCAGGAUGUGGAAAAGACGGUGGUGUUCCCAAAAUCCCAGGAUGAAUGUGUUUCAGUAGUUUCCACUCCCCAGGAAGGCUUUGCCUGCAACCAGCCUUACAGUGCUGGGAAAGUUGCACUUGAUGAAGCGAAUGUGGAGUCUGCCGUGGAUGGAGCCUGUCGUUGCUCUCAGGCUGAAGAGGAUGAAAUUCCAACUGGUCUCACAGAAAAGCAGAAUGAUCAUGAUGACCUGAAAGGACCGGAGGUGGUUGCCCCGAGGUACAGCAGACAGAUGCCACAGAUGGCAGAAUAUGGUGUCCCGCAGAACUCUCUGGAUGACUAUUAUCUGACUUACUCGGGUCUUCCUAGCCUGUCAGACUCCUUCUGGCCUUAUAGGAGCACAGCCAUCUUCUCACCUGAGGACCUGGAUGUCUCCUAUGCUCGGGAUGCAACCGGUGAGUUGACUCAUCCCUCUUGUUUAACCAUCUGCUCUCCCAACCCCACAAAUCUCAGUAUGGAGCAGCUGGUGGUAGAAGAGAAUGAAAUCCAGCCGGACACACUGGAUGAAUGUUAUCUGGCUGCUUCUAUUGGCCAUCAUCUGGAAGGCUCCUGUCCUCCUUCUAGGAGGGUCUCCUUCCCAACAGAGAAGAGAGAAAUUUUCUUGGCUCUAGAUGUAAACGGUGACACCUGCGAGGACUCUCAGCAGGAACCUGUGAGUUUCCCAGCGUCAGAGGUGCCAACUUCACAGGCACAGCUUCAGAAAAGCACCCACGUGACCGAGUGUCUGCAGAGGCAGCUGGACCAGCAUCUUGACUGUGGUGACAGCAAACCCAUUCUUGGUCUUUGUUCCACCAACAGGGCCUUUACCCCCAACCCUGAUUCUGGAAACCAAGGACCACUCUUUCUCGAGCUGGAUGCUUCCAUCAGAAUGAAGAACCCUCCCAAGCUGGAAGGUGAGGGCUCCACAGCAAGCACACAUGAGCAGCCAGUCUGUAAGAAGAUUAAAGGCUUAAGUGGCCUGAAACAGAAGAUUCUCAGUAGAAAAGUGCUGUUUGGCAAGUGGAGACUAGCGUUCAGAUUCCCUGGCCUUCAGGCUUAG